AUGCGCCAGAUGCGGUGUUGCUUAGCCGCAUCCUUCCCAAGGAAAAAUUGGGUUGCUUCAUAUACUGUGCUCUCUGGUCCAAAACUGGAGUUCUAUAAAGACACAAAAGAUCAAGUUGCAUCAAACUUUAAGUCAAGCAUUAAGCCAGAAUGCAUAGAUUUGUGUGGAGCUUCUAUAGAAUGGACAAAUGAAAAAUCCAACCGUAAAAAUGUAUUUCAGAUCACAACGUUAUCAGGAAAUGAGUUCCUUUUCCAGUCAGACGCAGACAUUACCGUGCAGGAAUGGUUUAGUGCAAUUAGAAACACAAUUGACAGUUUGCCUCAAGAGGGCUUUUGGCAAAAUGGACUGAUUUUGAUUGAUUACAGACCUCAACAACGUCCUCGCUAUGUUUGUGAACAAUUGGCUUUUGCGAACAUGCGCAGUGUAUAUCAAGUGUUUGGCUGUCAACUGGAAACCCUCUGCAAAAGGAAAAAUACAAUGGUGCAAAACUUUGUAAAACAAUGUAUUGAGGCUGUUGAGAAAAGAGGAAUGGAUGCUGAUGGGAUAUACAGAGUCAGUGGGAACCUGUCCACAAUACAGAAACUACUAUUUAUUGUAAAUCAGGAAGAGAAGCUGAAUUUGGAUGACAGCCAGUGGGAUGACAUCCACGUUGUCACUGGAGCACUCAAGAUGUUUUUCCGAGAGCUGCCUGAGCCCCUGUUCCCAUACCGCUUCUUUGAGAAGUUUGUAGAAGCAAUAAAGCUGCAGGAAAGUGAUCUUCAUGUGAAAGCUAUAAGAGAGCUUGUAUGGACGUUACCCCCAGCCAACUGCAACACCAUGAAAACUCUUUUCGAGCAUCUCAGAAAGAUUGUUAUCAAUGCAUCUGUGAACCUUAUGUCAACACAAAGCCUAGGAAUUGUUUUUGGACAAACUCUUCUUAGACUAGAAAGUGACAUGGGAAACAUGGCGGUUUGCAUGGUUUACCAGAAUCAGAUAGUUGAACUUAUGUUAACUGAAUUUGAUAAAAUAUUCUCUUGA